AUUUUUGUGACUUCCUGUGCGCAUUCGGCACGCAUGAUUUUUUGACGCGUUGAGACAAAUUCGUAGUAAUAACGUGUACUAAUUUAAAAGUUCAAAAUGGUAUCGGUCGAAGAACUGUAUAAGAAUUUUGGGGUAUUAGCAGAUGCUAAAGAUAAAGCCGGAGAGCACACCACAGAGUACAUGUCUUUCCUGGAUGCAGUCAAGGGUACAGCUGGAGAGAAGAGAUUGGCAUCACAGUUCAUUGCUAGAUUCUUCAAAUACUUCCCGGGUCUUUCUCCAAAAGCAAUCAAUGCACUGUUUGAUUUGUGUGAAGAUAGUGAUGUCAAUAUCAGAAAGCAGGCCAUCAAAGAUUUGCCGUCCCUGUGUAAAGUAAGCCCUGAGCAUGUACCAAAGAUAGCGGAGGCUCUCACUCAGCUGUUGGCAUGUGAAGAUUCAGCUGAGCUGAGCAAUGUACAAACAUCCCUCUACAGCCUCUUCUCCAUCAAUACAAAAGGUACCUUGGAGGGUCUCUUCAGUCAGAUUCUAGCCGAGCAUGAGGAGGACGAUGUUGUGAGAGAUCGAGCAAUCAAGUUCCUGGUGCUAAAACUGAAGACACUGGGAGAAGAGGCGAUGGACAAACACGCAGAGGAGUUCAUCAUGACACAGUCAAAGAAGGUACUGGAUGAUGUGACGAAGGAUGAAUUCAUAGCGGUGAUGGACAUCCUGCGGAACCUGCGGGUGAUGAGCACAGUCCAAGGCAGGCAGCAGCUGGUGGACAUCGUCACGGAGCAGGCAGAGCUCGGACAAGCGUUGGAAGUGACCGACACAGAUUGUGUAGACCGCCUGAUGCAGUGUGUCCGAACUGCCAUCCCCCUGUUCUCUAAAAAUGUUCAUUCCAAAGCUUUUGUUGGCUACAUCUGUGACAAUGUGCUGCCAUCCUUGUCCAGCCUGGCCAGUCCUGAGCAAGAUGUCAACAUUCAGCUGGAAAUGCUCAAACUUUUCGCAGAAAUCUCAGAGUUCAGUGGGGACAUAGAGAAAACCGAUGAACGACUGGAGAAGGUGUUUGACAGGUUACUGGAAUACAUGCCAUUACCACCAUCAGAAGAAAACGACGAGCUGUCAUCUAAUGAGGAGCCCAAGCUCAAGUUCUCCUUCGUGGAAUGCUUGAUGUUUGCUUUCCAUCAGCUGGCCAGGAAGAGUCCAGAGUUCCUCACAGAUGAAGGCAAUGCAGAGAGGCUGAAAGAUUUCAGGAUAAGGUUACAGUACUUUGCCCGGGGUGUGCAGGUGUACAUCAAGCAGCUGAGAGCAGCACUGCAGGGAAAGACUGGAGAGACGCUCAAGACAGAGGAGAACAAAAUCAAGGUUGUGGCACUGAAGAUUACCUCCAACAUCAACACACUGAUCAAGGAUCUGUUCCACAACCCACCAUCUUACAAAGCUUGUAUCACCCUCUCCUGGAGACCCAUCACGAAAGCAGCACCUGCGACUACAAACGCUGCCAAUGGCGCUGCAAGCCAGAAGAGAAUCACUCCAAUCACAUUUGACUCGGAUGGGUCGGGAGGAAAGAAAGUGAACAAACAGGGGAGACAACUCUACUCUCCUCCUGGUGGAAAGUUCAGUGAAAAAGCUGGUACCUUCCCACAAGGUCAAGGAGGUCCAGGAGGUCAGGGCGGCCGAGGUCGUGGACGAGGAUCAUACAGAGGCUUUAACCGAGGUCGUGGCCGUGGUUACAGACGGUGGUGAGACGACGAGGGAUGUGAUGGAGAAGACAGAUGUGAAGUCAUGUGAAACAGCCACACAGAUCUCCUCCUCACUUAUGUAUUACAUGACAUAUUACAGUGAAUCUACACUGUCAACAGGAAUUUCACAGCCAUUGCCCAUUACAUGUUAGAGCUUUGGACGCCAAGGCAGCAGGGUGGCACGGAAGAUGAAAGUCUGCGAAUGUUUGUCGUAUGUCUAUUUCAACAUUAUUGAUCAGGACGAUCUUGUUUAGAUUCAUCAUGCGUAUGAUAAUGAAAGAAUGUGCUUGCAAGUUGUCACUGCAAGACCUAUUAGAAAUGAAGAAAGAAAUUGAUGUGCCUGUUUUAAUGAAUAUUAGAAUGAGAAAUAUAAAGAUAUAAAUUGGUCUUGCAGUUUUACUACGUAAUCAUGAGAUAUGUUUUUCAUCAUGAAGCGAACAUUUUCAUGCAGCUCUGUCUGUAACGAUGAGAGAUGGGACUUGACUUGAAAUUUUAUUAAUCCAGAACAGACACUGAACAAUAAUCCGUCUUGAAGGCCAGCUGUGUUGGUUCUGUCAAGUUGACAUAUUUCUCAACUGCAGUCAGGUCUGUUAAUGUUACUUUAACAAUACAGUGAAAAUUGCCAUUUUGGUGAUUGUAGUCUGAGUGAGAACAGAUUCUUUUAUGUAUUUCUUCAGUUGUAUUUAUAGUGUUUCCUUGGCAAUGGGGCUUGUUGCCUGGGAGAUAGAUCCAGUACCCGCAUGCAUCCAGAUCAGGACAAUAGCAGAUUGUUCUAUAAUCAAAGACAAUUUUGUCCAUUGAUGAAUAAAUUAACCCAAUUGUAUGUUGAGAAUGCUCAUUGAAAUUGUUACAAAACUUUGAUCACUGUUUUUGUACAGUAUAUAUUGUCCUUUCACAAUAAUUCAAACAUCUGACUUUAUUGAAUCACUAUCAUGUUUAUGGUUGAGAUUUUGUCAUGACACUAAAGCGUAGGUAUUGAUGGAGUAAGAGUCAAGUUUGUGAGACUCUUUAUGCACAUUAGGUUACAUUGGUAAAUGGAGCGUCUCUGACAUGAAGCUGUGCAGAAUCAGUUUCAUAUGUGUGAGAAUACCUUGAGCAUCGGUGAAUGUGCUGAAUCAGUGAAGGUACCCUGAUGAGACAGUUUACAACCCCUGACAACCAUUGACCAGCAGGGCCCUUGUUUUGCCUGUCUCCACUUACUAACUCUGGACCCCUGGUGCUGUGGAACCGUGUCGACAUGGUCAGCCUGAAGGUAGGGUGGUAUGGCUACAGUCACUCAAUAGUCUGUCACAGAGACCCAGGGCAUCAUGCUUGAUAUGUGAAAACUGACCAGUUUGUUGUUUUACGCCCCUUUCAGCAGUAUUACAGCUAUAUUCUGCGGCCUGGCAAUCAUCAGCCUGGGCCCGUUCCACAAAGCGAUCAUGGUGCUAUGCCUAUCGUAAGCCUUUAGAAAAGUAUGGCCGUUACGAUCAUGUUGGCUCUAAGAACGCAUUGUGGACCAUGCAAACCAAUGACUUGCAACAUGAGGGAUGUGCGAUACCAUUGGGGCACAGUCAGCCAGGUCACAGACCACAUGACUGCUUGAUCACCUGGUCAACUUUAGCAGCCUUUCUUAUGAUCAGCAUAGGAGUGCAGGGGACCUAUGGUUAGAGGUUACACGCAGUGUUUUUGUAGCUUACCUGAAGUGAAUCGUAUUGAAUUUGUUCUGACAUGCUCUUGUCUCCAUCCUGAAAUGAAACUUGUAUGAUCUGAGCAGUAGUGUUUUAGAAAUUGUAGAAUGGGGCAGAAUGGAUGAUUACAACACCAUACUUGUGAAGAACAGAGUUAGGAUCAGGCUGUUGCUGGCUGUUGUGUGUCGGUGUGCCGAGACAACGUAGAUUGUUCAUGCUUUAUAACACUUUCAGAACUGCAUCACUUAUCAGUUGAAUACUUCCCUUAUUCAAAACAACUUCAGCCCAAUUCCACUCCACAUUUUCCUCCAAGGGGCAAAGGUAGCCUUGUCAUUGAGAUGCCGCAAUUUGCUAUGCAGAGUUAUGUCCCUUAGGCAUCCCAUAAACCUAGGACCAUGAGCUUCAAUCCCAGAUUUGUCCUGAAUAUGUUUCUAGGUUUGUCAGUACCACACCUGUGAUCCUGGGUUUCAAACACCUGCAUUGGUUCGGACUUUCCUCCCACAUUAAGCUGAUGUCCCAUGAUAAUACUGUUCAAAGCGACGUCAACCCGACCCAGCUCAAUCAUUCACUCACUCUCACAUCUAUCUGACAUGAUAUAACUAAACUACUGUUUAAAGCAACAUUAACAACUGACUCAAUUAUUUGUCUCCAUGAAGCAAGUAACCCACAUUUCCAGCGUCUCCCAAAUACUGGUAUUAUGAAGCAAAUAAUUUUGUUAAAGACCCUGGUAUUCAAUGAACUCGCAACACACAGCUCUAAAGAACAGGUUUGAUGCUUGAGACCAAGUAUUCCUUGGCAAGACAUGGUAGUAUGACUCUGUGACAGGACUGUUCAGUGACUGGAGCCCGAUCAUGUGACUGUUUAACCCAGUAAGACCUGGUUAACUCUACAUCAGACAAUGUAACCUUUAUGGUACAAAUACAGCACUGAGCCCUCCUAUCAACACUCUUGUCUCAAACUGCAGAUAACUGGAUAUAUUUGAGUGUUGCUGAUGCUUGAGUUAACAGGUCUCACUGCACAGUAUGAUCUACAUGCAUGUAAAUGUCUCCUAGUAACACUGCAGAUGUUCCAUAAGAGCUGGGAGUGAGUAUAUACUUUUCUCAACUUUGUACUUGCUCUUUUUUCCGUAGAGGCAUCAUGUUCGGAAAGACAGUCAGGUAGGAGUUCCUUGUGCUCAGGUUGGUGGUGUGUAAACCCUACCCCGUAUGUAAGUACAAGCUGUUAGAACAUGUCAGCUGAACCUGAUCGGGAUGCUGUAGUACCAGCCUAGGAAGGUAGGUGUGGUUCGAGAGACACAAAGACGAACACCACGGAUGUCGCAAGAGUGUAAUUAGCUUUAUCGUUAUCUCAAUAUUAAUAUUUCUAGAAAUGUUUUGACGUUUUCAAACGUAUCAAUUAUUUUUUUUGUUUAUGGCAUUUCUACAGUUUUACACAAUAUAUACAAACUGUCCCUCAACGAAGACUAUUAAUGUGUUCAGCCUUAUCCUACCAAAGCUCAUACUGAUCUUGCGUACCUGAAUGAACUGCCAUCACUGUUAUGUAAGACUGAGGUAAGAACCACUCUUCAUAGACAGGUUUGUGUUCUGUUGAUGUCAUUCCUGUCAUCAAAUGGAAUGAUAUAUCUUCCUGUUUCUUUUUGGUGACACCGGAAUUCCUGUCAGAACAUAAAUCAGAUUACUAAUUACUAAUUUUCGGGACAUGGUUGUAAUGAGAACAAUGAAAGUGCAAAUGGCAAAUCUUCACAUAAGUUAAGGCAUUUAUUUGUGUUUUUCACUGUUAGCUCAGUAUAUCAUGUGCCCAUCUCCAGUCUCCAGCCUUAUGUCUGCCUUCUGUGCACGGAAUCAAGAGUAACCAGGUAUUGUUAGAUUGUAUGUACCAGAUCAGCUGGAAAUAGUGUACUAAAAUGACUUGCUAGGACUGCACUGUUACCGAGCCUAGUGCCUCUCUAAGGUGAAUGUAGACUCCAGUAUGAGACUGGUUAGACCAGGUAAUGUUUCUAGUGGCCACAUCAGGACCAAACUCUGGAGGAGGAGGAGGAUGAGCAGCUCCAGGUUUGUGUGGGUGGUGGCUGAUGAUUUCGCACCAUGCCUGUCAUUAUCAUUUAACCACGUGUUCCAUGUUAUGGUCAUUUCUUAAGCUCGAGAUGAAGCAAAGCCUUGACGUCUAAUGUCAUUUCGUAAAUAAUGUCAGUUUUGUUCACCAUCAUCCUACGACAUGGAGGUUGUAUCAAGGGAGAACCUGGUGGGUUUACAAGAUGACCUGUCAUCCCAACAAAAGCUUGACCAAAUAUUCUUGGAAUUCAGCAAGAUUCUCAGGAACAGGUGAAGGUAUCGAAGAUAUGGAUCUGUUUACAGCAGAAAGUUUCAUCCUUUACAACGAAUCCUGCUGCUGCUGCUGCUGCUGCUAUGGGGGAUAAGGUGUUGACUCCAUGUUUCUAUCCUCAUGCUGACUCAGCAAGAACAUGACAGUGGCCUGUUAAAAGGCCUUUGACAGCACAAACAAGGCUGGCGCUUUCCAUUCAUAUUGCUGCCUGUGUAAUGUACUUUUUUUUGUGGGAAUACUCAUUUUACAUGGGUACAUUGAUGUUGAAUGCUUUGCUUCAUCAGAUAUUAGGAAGUGACAUUUUAACCUUCAUUAUUGCAUUGUAUAUUAGAACAUUGUCAAUAUUACAUUGUGUAAACCUAUCGUUUUAGAAAUGUGCAUAUGUUUUGUAUUUUGUUAUGUUUCCCUUUGCUUGUAGACAUUGUUUGCUCUGUACAAAAGUCAUCUCUUGAUCAUAAAAUAUGAAGAAUUAA